AUGGAGGACUUGAAAGCUUUUGUUAAGCUGAAUGUGUGCACCUCCUGCUGCUUCGAGGAGAAGGAUUCCGAACAUGCGGGGGCAUUCAAGAGCGGGAUUGUGUCAUUAGAUCUUUUGCUGGCAAUAACGCCUGAGAACGAAGAAGAGGAAAGCCGUCUGAGAUAUGUAACGAACUUGUGCCUCAUGCACCCUAAGCCGUUUCCAAUUUCAAAUAAACUAAGCGGGCUAGAAAAGGCAUGCAUGAGACUGUCUUUUGGGGAAUAUGAGGGGAUUGAUCUCUCUAUGUAUGAUUUCAAGCACGAGUUAGUUGGAAGUGUUCCGACGAAUUCUGGGAUCUAUGAGAAUGCCAUAUUAAUUGUAAGAUGCAGCGGGACAAAAAAUGGAAAGGAACAUGUUUACACCACCGAAAGAUACGAGUUUGGAAAUGAGAUUGUCCAAAGCCUAACUGUUGAAGAACAGUCCAUACUUCUAGUUGAAAUGAUAAAGAUCUUCAAUACUGAGAUAUGCCAAGAUCUCAGAAAGCUGAAGGUCCAGGCGUACAUAGACAGGAUAUUGUUUCCUAGAAACGAGAAGAGCGAAAUAGUGGGAAGAACAGCAAGAUACUAUCUUAUGGCAUUGAACCUAGAGCCCUGCGAGCUGGAAUCUUACUAUGGAGAGAUAGCAGAUCUCACGUUUGAACAUCCCUUUGUGUUCCGCAAUGAAUGGGAAAAGCUACUAGGGGAUGCCUAUUACAGCCAUUCUGCCUAUUCAAAGGCCUUAGAAUACUUUGAAAAGUACAAGUGCAAUGCCAAGAUAAUUAACUGUCUAGUGAAGCUCAAUAGAAACGAUGAGGCGGUGGAAAGAGCACUUGAAGAAAUAGAGAGCAUAGGAAGGCCUAAGUGUCUCCAAUCGAAAAUAAGGCUCUGCAAUAUGAACAUAGUUGUUGGGACCAUAACCGGAAAAGAAAUGUAUUUUGACGCUGCUCUUGAUGCAUAUUACUCAUAUGAACCAUUGAAGGCUAAGGGGAUCUACUUCCUUAAGGCUGGAAAUGCCGGGAAAGCAAUAGCCUCAUUUGAGGAGGCACUCCGUAUGGUCCCGAGGAAUACAGAGAUACAGUUUUUGUAUGCAUCUGCUCUUACGUCUGCAGAGAGGUUUUCUGAGGCAGCGGCUGUCUAUGAAAGGCUAGUUGCGGACGACCAGAAAAACACAGUAUUCCUAAGAAACUUAGCUAUGUGUAGAAUACAGCUUGAGGACAUCAAAAACGGGCUUGCUAGCCUCAAGAAGGCAUCGAUGUAUGACCAGAAUGUGAUGCAUGCCUAUUUCCUAAUGUCAAUUAAAUACAAUCUUCCUAAGGAGAUAAGGUACUCCUUGGAGAGGGUAGACUUCUUCGAGGACCUUGAGGAUGCGGUGAUGUACCUUGUCGGAAACAAGGUCCUGUCUAAAGAUGAGGUGAAGUCUGCUUUAAAAAGGAACAACAGGAUUACAAGUAUGGCAGAGUCACUGAUAGAAAAAAUAGAUUCUUCCCAAAGCUAA